AUGUCUGCCCGUCCUCAGAACAUUGGUAUCAAGGCCAUUGAGGUCUAUUUCCCUUCUCAGUGUGUCGACCAGGCCGAGCUCGAGAAGCAUGACGGUGUCAGCGCGGGCAAAUACACCAUUGGUCUCGGCCAGAACAAGAUGAGCUUUUGUGAUGACCGUGAGGACAUCUACUCCAUGGCCCUGACCACCCUCUCCUCCCUCCUCAACAAGUACAACAUCGAUCCCAAGUCCGUUGGCCGUCUCGAGGUGGGCACCGAGACUCUGCUGGACAAGUCCAAGUCUGUCAAGUCUGUGUUGAUGCAGCUUUUUGCUCCCUCCGGCAACACCAACAUUGAGGGUGUUGACAACGUGAACGCUUGCUACGGUGGUACCAACGCCGUCUUUAACUCCAUCAACUGGCUCGAGUCCUCGGCCUGGGAUGGCCGUGACGCAGUGGUCGUGGCGGGUGACAUUGCCCUCUAUGCUGCUGGUGCUGCCCGCCCUACCGGCGGUGCUGGUUGUGUGGCCCUCCUGAUCGGCCCUGAUGCUCCUAUUGUCUUCGAGCCCGGUCUUCGUGCCUCUUACGUCACCCACGCCUACGAUUUCUACAAGCCCGACCUCACCAGCGAGUACCCCGUUGUCGACGGCCACUUUUCCCUCAAGUGCUACACCGAGGCCGUUGACGCCUGCUACAAGGCUUUCAACGCCCGUGAGCAGACUCUGAAGGCUACCAACGGCGCCCUUGAGGAGUCCCAGACCGGCCUCGACCGCUUCGACUACAUUCUUUUCCACGCUCCCACUUGCAAGCUUGUGCAGAAGUCCUACGCUCGGAUGCUCUACAAUGACUUCCUCGCGAACCCUACUCACCCCGCCUUCGUCGAGGUUGCCCCCGAGCUGCGUGACAUUGACUACGAGUCCUCCUUGGUCGACAAGGCUAUCGAGAAGACCUUCAUGGCUCUGACCAAGAAACGGUUUGCUGAGCGUGUUCAGCCUGGUCUCCAGGUCGCCGGGCUCUGCGGUAACAUGUACACUGCCACUGUCUACGCUGGUCUUGCCAGCUUGCUUAGCCACGUGACUUUCUCCCCCAGCGAGCCCAAGCGUAUUGCUUUCUUCAGUUACGGAAGUGGUCUUGCCUCUUCUCUGUUCAGUGCUAAGAUCGUGGGUGAUGUCUCCCAGAUGGUUGAGAAGCUGAACCUGAAGAGCCGCCUGGACAACCGCACUGUUCUCGAGCCCAAGGCUUACGAUGAGAUGUGCAAGCUCCGCGAGCACGCUCACCUGCAGAAGAACUUUAAGCCCUCUGGCAACCCCGAGACCUUGCAGCCCGGCACCUACUACCUCACUGAGGUGGAUGACAUGUUCCGCCGCAAGUACGAGGUCAAGGCCUAA